UCCUUCUCCUGCGUCGGCAGCCACUAUCUCCUGCGAUGAUCAAGGCAAGGCCAAACAUGAUCCCCAUCUACGCCUCAUGCCGUCAUCGUUGGGAUCAGACUCGGGCCUCCGUCGGUCCUUGUGUUCAGGUCGUCGUUAGGCUACAUCUCAGGCCGCCUUCGCCGCACUAGACCGCCAACACCACCGACCCCUUGAUACGCCCGCCUGUGUGACAACGCCUUCAUCGUCCUGGUCAGCCACCGCGCCACCCGCCAUUCUACCCAUGUGUCCGCCUCUAUGUCUCCAGUCUCCGUUGUUAGGAGGUUGUGCCUCCCCUUUCUCCACACGCCUCCUGACGUGCCCCUUUGUUUUUGAUGUGACCCUGAGUUAAUUGAGCUUUCCCUACUUGUUUUUGCUGCGAUCAGGAAUAGAUCACCUCUAGUGAAAUCAGAGGUUAACAUUUUGUUCUUAAUUACAGGUGCCAUUGAAUACCUUAGGUGUGUAUAUCUCUAAUCAAACAAGUAGACUCUUUUCACUGUCCCAGAUCAAUUAAGCAUGUAAUAGCAUCCAUUUGUCUUUCCUUAAUAUUUGGAUUAUGCCUGCAUAUCUACCCUGUUUCCAGUUAUUUCUUUUUGAACCCUUUUGUAUACCAUAGUUGCAUUUGUUCCCUGACCCCGUUAUUUAUUUUUGUAUUUUUUUAAAAUUUGUUUGGAUAUCAAACAUCAGGGUGACGUAGCAAUGCUAUCAUGAUUCUUGAUGUGUGGUUUAAUUUAAAACAUUGACAGUCUCUUCUAUUUGAUUUAACUUACAAUGCUAAUAUUCCUAUGCACCAGAUAAAAUAUUUUUUAUUCAGGACUGUAAUUUAUCUCUAUCUUGGUGACUACCAGGGUCAUGCCUCGCAAAGGAUGCGAAAAAACUGUCAGGGAAAAAUUGUUUAGGCUAAAAGAGAAGUCUUAUGCUAGCUGGUGUGGAAGAGCACGAGUAGCAGAAACUCAACAACUGCUCAGUUUGUUAUUCGUGGCUAGCCAGUUUGCUCCAGUCAAGGCUCUAAAUGCAGCUUCUCCUUUGAUAUUGCAAUCUGAUCAGUUUCAAAGUUUAAAAGUUGCUAAUCACGCCAUACAUGAGCUGCGGGCCCGCACGUCAGCGUAAGCCAGGGCCACGCGAGAGGUACGCAGUACGCACUCGACCGUUGGAGCCCGAUCCCUCCCCAGGAUUUCAAACCGUCACGCACCCUCUGUCCGUCCCCCGUCUCCGUCCCGAUCCGACGGCAACGGCGCACCCUGGUCGGCUGGUCCCCCGCACCUCGUUCCCCAGCUACGGCCCUACUGUUUACUACACGCCUUCUUCCUCUCUGCCUCUCAGAUCAAGAAACCCCAACCCCAAUCGAGCAAGAAAUUUGCCGAAAUCUCGAGGUUUUUUUCCUGCCUCGGUGUUGGGAAUUCUGCGAUUUGGUGCGCUGAUUCGAGCACUUUGUCGGGAAUACGAGGAAGAUUUCCAAGAAAGCUCGCGCAAGUUCGCUUCCUUGGAUCUUUUGAGGAGCGGCUGGGUUCGAUGCUGAGGCGGAGCAGCUUGUGAUAUUCAGAUCUGGUGUGAGGAGAAGAUGCCGGUCGCGACGCGGUCGCGGGCCACCCCUGCGUCCUGCGACAGCGCGGGCGCGGAGGCGUGGGUCUCGGCGUCAGCGGCGCCGGCUCUAGGGCACGACGGCGGGGCGCGGCGUGACGGCAUGGAGAGCCACCACCACCACGGGCUCAAGGAGAAGAUGCGCGCCCUCACCCUGCUCUACGAGCAGCACAAGCAGCAGCUCGCCGCGUCGCAGGGUGGUGCGGCCGCCGCGCGGCAACACCGCCGCAGCAUCCAGCACCUCAACGCGGAAGAGGAGGCCAAUGACGAGAACGCCGAGGAGGUCGAUGGCAAGGGGGCCGAGGGCCACCGCGACGCUUCCGCUCCGGUGCCCGAGGCGGCGGUGCUGAAGGAGAACGUGGCGCCUCAGGAGGGGCGAGCCCCUUCUAAGAACAACCACCUCGUCGUGUUCACCAGACCGGCGGAGCCGCAGGAGAAGGAGAACAUGGUGGGCCGCGCCGGUAACGCCAUGUCCUGCCCCAUCAAGAAGAUGGCCCCAGCGCUCCCGGCGCCGGCGGCGAGGAAGCUCUCGCUGGGAGGCGGCGUGGGCGGCAAGCUGAAGGCCGUCGGGGAAGCCGCGGCUGGCAACAUCGAAGUGGUGGAGAGCCGGAUCCUGGUGUUCGUGAGGCUGCGGCCGAUGUCAAGGAAGGAGAAGGAGGCGGGGUCGAGGAGCUGCGUCAAGAUCGUCAAUAAGAAGGACGUUUACCUCACGGAGUUCGCCUCCGAGAAUGACUACCUCCGGCUGAAGCGCGUUCGCGGCCGCCAUUUCUGCUUCGACUCCGCCUUCCCUGACUCGACGACGCAGGCAGAAGUCUACAGCACCUCAACAGCUGAUCUUGUGGAGGGUGUCCUGCAAGGUAGGAAUGGGACAGUGUUCUGUUAUGGAGCUACAGGGGCCGGCAAGACUUACACGAUGCUUGGGACAAUGGAAAACCCCGGCGUAAUGGUGCUUGCAAUCAAGGAUCUGUUCUCCAAGGUGAAGCAGAGGAGCCACGACGGCAACCACUCAAUUCAGCUGUCGUACCUCGAGAUAUACAAUGAGACGGUGAGAGACUUGCUGUCUCCUGGUAGACCCCUCCACCUGAGAGAAGAUAAGCAGGGAGCUAUUGCUGCGGGUCUUACUCACUAUAGAGCAUACUCCACAGACGAGGUUAUGAAAUUACUUCAGCAAGGUAACAAGAAUCGAACAACUGAACCGACUAGAGUAAAUGAGACCUCAUCGCGCUCUCAUGCGAUACUGCAGGUUGUUGUAGAAUAUAGAUUCAUGGAUGGAAUUAACAUAGUAACACGAGUUGGAAAACUCUCUCUCAUCGAUCUUGCUGGAUCAGAAAGAGCUAUAGCAACCGACCAACGAACACAGAGGUCGAUGGAAGGAGCAAACAUUAACCGCUCUCUUCUUGCACUCAGCAGCUGCAUCAAUGCCCUCGUGGAGGGGAAGAAGCACAUACCAUAUCGCAAUUCCAAACUGACGCAACUCCUCAAGGAUUCGCUCGGAGGAUCCUGCAACACCGUCAUGAUUGCCAACAUUAGCCCCUCCAAUAUUUCCUUUGGUGAGACACAGAACACGCUUCAUUGGGCUGAUCGUGCCAAGGAGAUAAAAACAAAGGCACUUACUGCAGCUACUGAGGAGGUUUUGAAUGUACCAGAUUCUGAAACUGAUCAGGCUAAGCUGGUACUGGAGCUGCAGAAGGAAAAUAGUGUGCUGAGGGAGCAGUUGGUAAAGCAGCAACAGAAGCUACUGACAGUUCAGGCUCAGUCGCUUGCUUCCAACACCUCGCCACAACAGUGUCCCGCUCCCUCGCCUCACAUUUCAACUCCAUGCUCAACCCAAAGAAAGGUCAAGCGAUCUAUCUUGGCUGGGAACUGCUUCAGCACGCCAGGUUCCAAGAGGCCUGCAGCUGACAACGCACAGGUCAGGGAGCUGCAGAGGAAAGUGAAGACAUUGGAGGCUGAGAUAGAGAAGAUAAAGAAAGACCACAUAAUGCAGCUCAAACAGAAGGACGAGUUCAUCCGUGAAAUGAUCAACAGGAAGGCUUCUAACAACUGUGAAGCGGAGAGAUGUGAGGGAAGAGUCAUCACGAGGGCGAGCUCGCGAAAGGCGCAGAGAGAUGCAUCAGCUGCAGGCGAGCUGAGAAGCGCGAGCCACAGGUUCACAUCACCAGCGCCGACCGCUAAGAAGCGUACGUUCUGGGACAUUGGAUGUAACAGCCCUUCAGUUCUUGCUGCCAAUGGAAGAAAGACUCGAAGCCAUAUAGCUGCAGAGACACCGAAGAAAGCCCCUUCCAUGCUGCUUCAGCCGGGAUUUGCACGGCAAAGAGGGAACCAUUGGGACAUUUAACAUGCACAGGAGAAGACUGCCUACAGCGGGUAGAGAUGCUCAUAUUAUUUUUCCUACCAUUUUCAACUUUGUUAAUUGGAGUUUAGUUGAAAUCCAUGUAUUGUAGUUUGAUUUCAGUUUGCAUGAGCAAAUUGAACCAGCAUAGUGUUUUUUAGCUUUGUUAAUCCAUUUGAAUUAUUGGAACUGUAAAACAUUUGGUCAGGAGAGAGAGAGAGACAUGAGCUGAUUUUUAAAUUAACUUAAGACCCAGUUUUCCUUAGCUUUUAGCAUCUCUCUGAAGCUUAUACCUUUUUCCUUCUCGUUGUUGUAAAAAUAGGAAGUUGGCGAUAAUUCUGUGCCAACUUGGGGGCAUUGCUGUUCUUCA